AUGUCUAAUAAUAUUACUGCAGAGCAAUUAAAAACAAUGUUAGACGAGAAACUGGACCAGAAACUAACACCUUUGAAUCUGAAAAUUUCUGAGUUGAGCUUUAAGCUUGAAGAUGCAAUGCGCUUUAUUGAAUUAGCUAAUUCUCAGUACGAGGAGGUAAUGAUGAAGUUUAAAACUCAUGAGGAGGAGAGAAUUAAAUUACAGGAAGAAAAUAAAAUUUUAAAAUCUGCCCUUCAAUUUGGUAAACUCAUGGGUGUUGAGAUUGCUCAGGAAGAUUUAUCUGUAAGUCACCGUUUGCCUACUAACAAGAGAUAUAAGGGAAACAAGUCAACACCAGCUAUAAUUGUGAAAUUCACUCGAAGAGAUGUUAAAGAAGCUUUCUUUCGAUCUCGAAACAAGUUAAAGAAUAAGACAACUUGCGAUCUUGGGUAUAGGAUCUCAAAUCUUAUUUAUAUUAACGAAAGUUUGACGGAAAAGAAUAAAGAAUUAUUCAAACAUUGCCUGAGAACAAAGAAGGAACUCAAUUACAAAUUUAUUUGGACUUCUAAUGGCAGGAUAUAUUUAAGACAGAAUGAAGGAAGUUCAGUUAUCCAUAUCAAGAAUAAAGAUGAGCUCACUAAACUACCGAGCUAA